GAGAAAGGGGAGAAUGGGUCAUUAUAAGUGGUAAAAUUUAAUAAAUGGUUACGAGGUAUGAUACAUAUCGUUAUGACUCAAAAGGUAUGACGAAGGCCUUCCUAUCUUCUUUAUUGAAAAAAGUUCUGGUAAAUCUAGAAGGUGAAAGUGCCUACUGUCUUUAUUAACUACCUCAUUUCUACUCAAGGCUCAGCAACUCAUCGCAGCGUCCUCUGUUUCCCUUCUAAGUUCUUCCAUCUCAUAAAUAAAUCGCCUACCAUGUCUCGCCUGAUCCAACAACCAUCCAACCAAAUCAGGCUCACAAACGUCUCCCUCGUACGCCUCAAGAAGGGAAAGAAGCGCUUCGAGCUCGCCUGCUACAAGAACAAGGUCCUCGAGUGGCGAUCCGGUAUCGAGACAGAUCUCGAUAAUGUUCUCCAGAUCCCAAACGUCUUCCUCAACGUGUCCAAGGGCCAAACGGCGCCUCGUGAGGAUCUCGACAAGGCCUUUGGCAAGGGCAAGUCCACAGACGACAUCAUCCUCGAGAUUUUGAAAAAGGGCGAGAUGCAAGUCGGCGAGAAAGAGCGCGCGGCGCAGACAGAGCGGGUGCACAACGAGGUUGUCAGCAUAGUCGCCAGCAAACUGGUCGAUCCGAGAACCAAGCGCGUUUACACAUCUGGCAUGAUCGAGAAGGCUCUUGACAUGCUCAGCUCACAGGCUCACACCGCGACACCCGACAAGAGCGCUGCCGGAAGUGCUACUGGAACACCUGCGACUGGAGAAGCGGGCGAAGCUAAGCCCAGGGCCCAGCACAACUGGACGGGCGUUAGCACGACCAAGAGCGCAAAGAGCCAGGCUCUUGAAGCUAUGAAAGCUCUCAUCGCUCAUCAGCCCAUCCCAGUAGCGAGGGCACGCAUGAGGCUUCGUAUCGCCUGUACCACCAACGUCCUCAAACAAGCUGUGAAAGGAGCAAAGGGGGCCAACAAGGAAGAAGACGGCGAGCAAAAGGCCGUGGGCACAGUCAAGGACAAGAUUCUCAGUUACGUUGAGCAAGUCGAGAGUCAAGAUGUCGUUGGUUCGGAAUGGGAAGUGGUAGGCUUUGUAGAACCUGGGGCCUUUAAGCCCCUAUCUGACUUUAUUGGCAAUGAGACCAAGGGACAGGGAAGAGUUGAGGUUUUGGAUAUGGCUGUCACGCACGAGGAUUAAGUAACAAACACACUUAAGCAGUCAAAAGAGAAAUCAUGAUACCCUUGCCUAGAAUCAUCCAGUAUCUUUUCCUUUCCGUAGCGAUACCCAUG